AUGAAAAAGGACUUGAUUUUAUCUCGACUCUCCCAGUUCAAUGACAGGUCAGAGAGGUAUUUUGUGUGGAAGUCAAGUUUCAUGAACAUCUCUAAAGAGCUAGAGGUAAACCCUCCUGAGGAAUUAGACUUAUUAUGUCGGUGGCUUGGCCCAGCAUCAUCCAUACAGGCCAACAGUUUGAGAGCUGCUAACUAUUCUAAUGAGGCAGAGGCUGUGAGAAAAAUAUGGGACAGACUUAAUGAACGGUAUGGAGCCCCAGAGUUGGUGGUACAAGCGUUUCAUCAAAGACUUGAAAAUCUUCCAAAACUGGCCAAUAAAGACUGUGUGAAGAUAUAUGAACUCUCAGAUCUUCUCACAGAGUUGGAAUCUUUAAAGCUUGAUGAGCUUUACUCUUCAUCCCUAGCUUACUUGGACUCGUCAGCUGGGGUCAACCCCAUUGUAAACAAACUCCCAGGCUUCAUGCAAGGAAAAUGGAUAGAUCGUGCUUUGAGAUAUAAGAGAGAACAUGGCGUACUCUAUCCACCAUUUACGUUAUUUGCUGAAUUUGUCNACGAGCAUAUGAACUCGGAUGUAUUCCAGACAACUCUGCAUGACGAGGAGAUUGGUUUAUCCCAAGAGGACAGAGAAUUCUCAAGGAUAAUGAAGAAAGGAUUUACAAGGUCAGUUAAUGGAAAUUGGAGUGCCCCACUACCUUUCCGUAAGGGUCGUAAGAGGCUACCGAACAACUAUCAGCAGGCUCGGCAGAGAGCUGAAAACCUCGUGAAGAGUUUGAAGCGUGACCCAGUUAAACAAGAACAUUUUGUCCAGUUCAUGAAGAAAAUAUUCGAUAACAAGCACGCAGAGGAGGCCCUACAUGUAAGGGAGGAAGAAGAACAUUGGUAUUUACCGAUCUUUGGGGUGUAUAACCCUCAGAAACCGUCUAAAGUCCGCGUGGUUUUCGAUUCCUCGGCUAAGUACCAGGGUUUAUCGUUAAAUGAUGUCUUGUUGACAGGCCCAGAUUUGACCAACAAUCUGGUUGGGGUUCUGUUGAAAUUUCGAAAGGAAAGGAUUGCUGUAACUGCAGACGUAGAACAAAUGUUCUUCAACUUCGAGGUACAUGAAGAACAUCGUAACAUGCUACGCUUUCUUUGGUUUAGGGACAAUGACCCAGCGAGGGAAAUCACAGAAUACAGGAUGCGUGUACACGUUUUCGGCAACUCACCAUCCCCAGCUGUCGCUACACAUGGGCUACGCAAAGCAGUGUGUGAUCACGAGGAAAAUCGCAGUCGUUGCGAUGAGGUUUGCAAUUAUGUGAGAGAAAAUUUCUAUGUGGAUGAUGCCCUCGUGUCACGUCAACAUGAGGAGGAUAUAGUGAAUCUCGUAAAGCAGACACAGGAAAGACUGAAACAAGGCGGAAAUAUUCGACUGCAUAAGAUUAUUUCUAACAAUGCAAAUGUCGUCGCAAGUUUCCCAUUGAGUGACUUAGCGGAGAAUAUGUCAGAGUUGGACUUCACCACAGGGACUUCUAGUGUUCAUAGGAGUCUAGGAUUAAGCUGGGAUGUCACAAGAGACAUCUUUACUUACAAGGUUUCAGAGGAUGAUAAGCCCUACACUAAGAGAGGUUUACUAUCGACAGUACACAGUAUAUUUGAUCCUCUCGGGUUUGUGGCCCCCGUUGCACUCGGUGGAAGACUGUUAAUGAGAGAGGCUAUUCACAACAAUGACAUUGGUUGGGAUGAAGUUUUACCCUACAAUGUUGAAGGUUCCCACUGGGAUGAAUGGAAAAGGUCACUUAAAGAUCUCGAAACUCUGAAGAUACCAAGGAUUUGUACAGAAAUAUCUCUAGAAGAGGGUGUGCGACGUGAACUGCACAUGUUUUCUGACGCGUCAAAGGAGGCCAUUGGGACUGUAGGAUAUUUAAAGGUCUAUGAUGCCAGCGGUGACUCGAGCCUUGGUUUUGUGCUUGGCAAAUCCAAGGUUGCGCCAAGACACGGACACACCAUUACCAGACUGGAAUUGUGUGCAGCGGUACUGGCCACUGAGCUGUCAGACUUCAUAACAAAACAGGUCGUUUUGGGUUAUGUCAACAAUAAAACCCGACGAUUCCAUGUGUACGUCAGUAACAGAGUCAAUAGAAUCCUAAGGUCGUCCUCAAGUGCACAGUGGAAUUAUGUACCUACCACUGCUAAUCCUGCGGAUCAGGCUACAAGACCAGUGAAGGCAUCCGAUCUUCGCAAUAGUAAGUGGUUCAAAGGCCCAGUCGCCUUUCUUGACAAGGACGCUGAAAAGAAAACAUUUGAUCUAGUCGAUCCAGAUCAGGACAAGGAAAUUCAACCUAAGGUAGAUGUCCUCAAGACGUCAGCACUAGUGACUACAGAGAGGCUCGGUGACAAUCGUUUUCAGAGGUUCUCUUCUUGGACAAGGUUGACAUCAGCAAUUUCACGACUCAAACAAACGGCAGCAUCACACCACAAGUGUGACAAUUUGGACACCCGGAACAACGUGGACUUACGUAAAGAAGCAGAACUACUAGUAUUGAAGGAAGUACAAAGGGAAAUGUAUUCAAGCGAGUUGCAUUGUCUACAAGGAAACAAGCUUCUUCCAAAAACGAGCAGUUUAUUGACCUUCUCACCUGUACUGGAUAAGAACGGCUUGUUAAGGGUAGGCGGGCGUCUCAAAAACACUAAGCUAGAGACCGGGGAGAAAACACCUAUUAUAAUUCCAGGAAGUCACCAUGUUGCUAAAUUAUUAGUCAGACAUUAUCACGAAGAACUUCAUCAUCAAGGACGACAUCUCACAGAGGGUGCGAUCCGCUCUGCUGGAUAUUGGAUAACAGGAGGGAAGCGUUUAAUCAACUCUGUUCUCCAUGCGUGUGUAAACUGUAAGAAACUUAGAGGAAAGGUGGAACACCAGAAAAUGUCUGAUCUUCCAUCGGAUCGUCUGACCCCAAGCCCUCCGUUCACAUACGUAGGAGUCGAUACCUUUGGUCCCUGGUCCGUAACUACACGUCGUACUCGUGGAGGAAUCGCCAAUUCCAAACGGUGGGCUAUCAUGUUCUCCUGUCUCGUCACACGAGGAAUACAUAUCGAAGUUGUGGAAGAGCUUAGCUCGUCUUCCUUUAUCAAUUCCCUACGUAGAUUCAUAUCACUUCGAGGACCUGUCAGGGAAUUUAGGUCGGACUGCGGAACCAACUUUGUUGGAGCAACAGGUGAACUUGGCAUGAACACCAUAAACAUAGAGGAUCAGGACAUUGGAAGCUUUCUUGUUCAUCACAAGGUCGUGUGGAAGUUUAACCCUCCUCAUGCGUCACACAUGGGUGGUGCCUGGGAAAGGAUGAUAGGUCUUGUUAGGAGAAUUCUGGACUCAAUGCUUUGUGAGGUUCAAGGGAAACAACUUACCCAUGAAGUGUUGUGUACACUUAUGGCAGAGGUGUGUGCCAUCAUUAACAGCAGACCUAUUACUUCAGUUUCUAGUGACCCAGAUUCACCUACCAUUCUUUCUCCGAGCGCGCUCAUCACCCAGAAAGUAAAUGCGGAUGAAGAACCAUUUGAAGAACUUGGUAUCAAAGAUAUGUACAAAUCCCAAUGGCGGCAUGUCCAGGUACUGGCUGAUCAGUUCUGGAAUAGGUGGAGUAGUCAGUACCUUCAAAACCUUCAGUUGAGGAUGAAAUGGCAGCAGGAACGAAGGAAUUUGGAAGUGGGAGAGGUUGUUCUCAUGAUGGAUUCUAGUGUCCCUCGCAAUCAAUGGCCAGUCGGUCUUGUUGAGAGAUUAUUUCCCAGUUCAGAUGGACUAGUGCGGAAGGCAUCAGUUCGUGUGAUGCGAGGCACUCUUUCUACCUUCCCCAGGGAAGUUUGUAAUUAG